AUGUCCAAUAUUGGUUCAUCAUUCAAAAUCAGAUCAGAAAAUGAAUCGAACCAAUAUUGGACAUCAGAUAACAAUAAUCACAUCGCUCUCAUAAAUAAAGAUGAAAAUGAUCCAAACCAACUGUGGAAGCUUAUCUCCACUAAUACCCUCGACGUAUAUUUCAUUGCCAAAUACGCGCCCGGAUUGGGAAGGAAGGAAACGUGUGUCACUUGGGUUCCAUCCAAAAAAUCAUUUCAAUUAAAACCGCAAGAUUGGGCAGAUAUCAAACAACAUUUUAGACUUGAACAGAAGCCUAAUAGAAAUACUACAUAUAUUCAUUCUGAACAUGAUAAAUCCGUGUAUGUGAUGCAUUCAAACAACUUAGUUGGUCCCGGAAACGGAAAUACCGGAUGGGUAUUUAUGGCAAUCUGA